AUGGAGGCCGAGUCUCAAGCAGAGAACAUGAAUGAGGAACAAACCUACGAAUGGGAAAGCAUAACAGCAGAGCUAAACAUCACAAAACCAGUGAAUGAGAUUCAAAUAUGUGACGUCCUAGGCAAGAGUCUCGACAAACUGGGAAAAUGGGAAGCAUUCUACGAAAUGUAUGCGAAACGGAUGGGUUUCGGCACAAGAAAAGAUGAUGUACGACGUUCUCACGGAGUCAUCGUAAUGCGCAGGUGGGUUUGUUGUUCCGAGGGUUACAAAAGAAUCACAAUAACGGAAACACAAAGAAAAAAGAGACCUCAUGAUGUCACUAGAACCGGAUGUCAGGCAGCAUUACGUAUUUUACUCACACAACCGUCUAACACUUGGAAAUGCAAAGAGUUCAGCACAAUACACAAUCACGACCUCGCUUCAUCAAGUGAGGUACAAUUUUUGAGAUCAUACCGAGUAGUGUCCGAUGGCUUGCUUGCCCAAGUUAGGUCGAUGAACUCAGUUGGAAUUAAAACUGCCAACAUAAUGUCUCAUGUUGCUUUGCAAAGUGGAGGUUACGAGAGAAUGCCAUGUCAACUUCGAGAUGUCUACAACAGGGUUGCUGGUGCCAAGCGAGAAGAAAAGAUAGAGACGGACUCGGAAGGAGCGUUGGGAUUUCUUGAUUAUCUCGCAGAGAGGGAUCCAAAUUUCUUCGUUGUAUAUCAGGUGGACGAGGAGAAUCGAUUGGCUAACUUAUUUUGGGCAGAUGGAAACUCACGUGUCGACUAUGUGGCUUUUGGGGAUGUACUAGGGUUUGAUACCACCUACAUGACAAAUGAGUACAAUAAGCCUCUCACUGUUCUCAUUGGCGUAAACCACCAUUUCAACACAUGCAUCUUCGGGUUCGCUCUACUCCUCCACGAGAAGCUUCCAUCCUAUCGUUGGCUACUUCAAAAAUUUCUCGAAUGCCAUGGAGAUAAGAAGCCAAAUGUUGUAGUUACUGACCAAGAUGUGGCCAUGAAACAGGCCAUCAUGGAACACAUGCCUGAUGUGACACACCGUCUAUGUGCUUGGCAUCUCAAUACAAAUGCUUCCAAAAAGGUUAAAGAUCCGAUCUUCUUGAAAAUAUUUAAAGAUCUAAUGUACAACUACUACGAGGAGGAGGAUUUCGAAGCAAGAUGGUUAGACGUCGUCGAAACCCAACAACUAACAGAUAAUGAAUGGUGCCAAACAACAUUCGACACAAGAAAACAGUGGGCAGAAACUUAUUUAAGGGGUUCAUUCGUUGCAGGAAUGAGAACCACACAACGUUGCGAAUCGAUCAACUCAGCCCUAAAAAAAUUUUUAGAGAAGAAUUAUUGCUUGCGUGAAUUCGUAACAACCAUAGAUAUGACAAGCCUCAAAGCUCGUACACAACGAGACUGCAAAUGA